AUGGCUCCGAGGCCUGGGUCACAUACUGCAGUCAUGUCUGACUCCUUGAACCUUUCCACCAGCACUGCCUUUGCACUAUCCUUAACAUCCACUAGUGUGAAUUCAUCACAAAUGUCGAGGUCCUUGAACAAGCUGAAUUCCCCAGCAAUGAAGCCAUGCUACUGAAGUACAAGCUUUGAUGGGCUGGUCACGUAUCCAGAAUGGAGGACCACCGCCUCCCUAAGGUGGUCUUCUAUGGUGAACUCUCCACUGGCCAUCGUGACAGGGGCACCUAAGAAAUGCUACAAAGACUGCCUCAAGAAGUCUCUCAGUGUGUGUCACAUAGACUGCCAGCAAUGGUCUGACAUCGCCGCUGACAGAGACGCCUGGCGCCACACAGUCCACAAGGCUGCUUCACAGUUUGAAGAGAACCAGAGAGACUCCCUCAAAGACAAACGACAGAAGAGGAAAGCUCAAGCUGCUUCAACCACUGAAAACACAGACCUGACCUAUAUGUGCCAACACUGCAUGAGGACCUGCCCGUCUCGCAUCAGCCUCCUCAGCCAC